AUGAAUAAUAUUGAAGCGGCAGCUGAGCAACUGGACAAAUUAUAUGAAUCGAUGAACGUUGAUAAUGUGUCAGGAAUUAUGAAUGAAUCAGAGUCUGAUGUACCUCUUUCAGAAAAUAUUACAAGAAAUAAAUAUCUUUAUACAAUAAAAAUUGUAUCUGCUGAAAAUUUAACUGCUCAGGAUGUUAAUGGGCUUAGUGAUCCGUAUUGUGUUUUGACCGAUGAAAAGGGACAAAUUUUGGCACAGACACGUGUGCAAUAUGAAACAUUAAAUCCACGAUGGGAGGAGGCAUUUGAUAUUACACUUGAAUUUAGUGACCAAGAUUAUCGAAAAUUGCUCGUCACAGUUUGGGAUAAGGAUCAAGUUGGCUCGGAUGACGUUUGUGGAAAAGCAUACAUUUAUUUGGAUCGUCGUUAUUUCACUGACUCUAGACCUAAUGACGUGUAUCUCGACCUUAAUCCACAAGGUCGCGUUCAAUUACGUGUUAGCAUGGAAGAUGAGAAAGAUGAUCCACGAUUUUAUUUCGGUAAAGCAUUUAGAACUCUUAAACGAGCACGAGAUGAUAUGACGAGAACCAUUGUUGAUAGAAUAUCACCAUUCUUGAAACAAUGUUUGUCUCGAGAUGUAAUCAACAAACUGUUGAAACCAGCUGGCUUUGCAGGCAUAUUUGAACAGAAGAAACGUGAUCUUACAGAUCGCAACAUUGAAGAAGCAAUUGAUGCACUUUUCGAUUAUUUUGAUGAGAAUUUGAUGAUACUUAAUUCUAAUUUGCAUCUUGAGGUGUUCAAAUCAGUCAUAAGCCGGAUAUGGAAAGAAAUUGUUAAUACUAUUGAAUUAAUUAUAAUACCUCCUUUAUCAGAUCGACAAUCGGAUAUGAAAUCACUAUCUGAUAAUGAGCUCAUGAUUGUAUUAAAAUGGUUACAGUUUUUGAAACAAUAUCUAUAUGCUGAUGGACUAGGUGUACAAUCUGAUAUACUCGAAAAUCAAAAAUAUAAAGAAAUCAGUAAAAUAGAUAAGUUAUAUCAUAUGGAAACGGAAAAUCUCAUGCAAGAAUACCUUAACAAUCAAAUUAUUGGUUCGCUUGAUGUUAAAAAAGGUUCGCUUAGCGCGAGCAAAUCAGUGCUUCAUCAACGAAAUCUUGGCACGAUUAAAAAACGAAAAAGUGAAAAACGUCAAAAAAAUGAUCGCCAAGAUAAUGGAGAGAUAAUACUUAGAAUUUUAAGAAUGCGAGCUGGAAAUAAAACAAAAGCAUUCUUAAAACAGCAAGUGGAAGAGCGAAUUAAAAAAUCGACAACUAAUGCUUCAUCAUUGAAACCUGUACCAGAAAACUGA